AGCCCUCCCUUGCCUCCUGCGCUGUGGCCACUGUCCAUCUUGCGCCCAGUCUCCGGGUGUCCCGAGUUUCCCGGCGCUAGCCUUCCACCUGAGCUCACGCUGCUGCGGCUUGCCCUCGUCGAGCCGGCGCCCUCCUCUGCUCCCUCAGUCACCUCUUUCUUGUGUCCUCUCUGCACAGUCUAAGCUGCUGGGGUCUGGGAGGAGAUGUUCAGGGUCUCUGGGGAGCACAGUCCUGCUCCACUCAGCCACACCCAGCUUUAGACGUUAGACGGUUCUCUGAACAUCUACUCUUCCGGACUCCAGUGAAGCCGCCUUCCAGCCUGUCUUUGCUGAGACCUCCGACCCAAGGUGGUCUCUGUAGGGACUAAAGUCCCUACUGUCGCAUCUCUCAUGGCCUAUCCCCUGCCAUUGGUUCUCUGCUUUGCUCUGGUGGUGGCACAGGUCUGGGGGUCCACUACACCUCCCACAGGGACAAGCGAGCCCCCUGAUGUGCAAACAGUGGAGCCCACGGAAGAUGACAUUCUGCAAAACGAGGCGGACAACCAGGAGAACGUUUUAUCUCAGCUGCUGGGAGACUAUGACAAGGUCAAGGCUGUGUCUGAGGGCUCUGACUGUCAGUGCAAGUGUGUGGUGAGACCGCUGGGCCGAGAUGCCUGCCAGAGGAUCAACCAGGGGGCUUCCAGGAAGGAAGACUUCUACACUGUGGAAACCAUCACCUCGGGCUCAUCCUGUAAAUGUGCUUGUGUUGCUCCUCCGUCUGCCGUCAAUCCCUGUGAGGGAGACUUCAGGCUCCAGAAGCUUCGGGAGGCUGACAGCCGAGAUUUGAAGCUGUCUACAAUUAUAGACCUGUUGGAAGGUGCUUUCUACGGCCUGGACCUCCUAAAGCUGCAUUCGGUUACCACUAAACUCGUGGGGCGAGUGGAUAAACUGGAGGAGGAAGUCUCUAAGAACCUCACCAAGGAGAAUGAGCAAAUCAAAGAGGAUGUGGAAGAAAUCCGAACGGAGCUGAACAAGCGAGGCAAGGAGAACUGCUCUGACAACACCCUAGAGAGCAUGCCAGACAUCCGCUCAGCCCUGCAGAGGGAUGCGGCUGCAGCCUAUGCCCACCCAGAGGAGCAGUAUGAAGAACGGUUUCUGCAGGAGGAAACUGUGUCACAGCAGAUCAACUCCAUCGAACUCCUGAGGACGCAGCCACUGGUCCCUCCUGCAGCGAUGAAGCCGCAGCGGCCCCUGCAGAGACAGGUGCACCUGAGAGGUCGGCUGGCCUCCAAGCCCACCGUCAUCAGGGGAAUCACCUACUAUAAAGCCAAGGUCUCUGAGGAGGAAAAUGACAUAGAAGAGCAGCACGAUGAGCUUUUCAGUGGCGACAGUGGAGUGGACUUGCUGAUAGAAGAUCAGCUUCUAAGACAGGAAGACCUACUGACAAGUGCCACCCGGAGGCCAGCAACCACUCGUCACACUGCUGCUGUCACGACUGAUGCGAGCAUUCAGGCCGCAGCCUCAUCCUCAGAGCCUGCACAGGCCUCUGCCUCAGCAUCCAGCUUUGUUGAGCCUGCUCCUCAGGCCUCCGAUAGAGAGCUCUUGGCAACCCCACAGACUACCACAGUGUUUCCAGAGCCCACGGAGGUGAUGCCUUCUACCCAAGUCUCACCCACCACCGUGGCCCACACAGCUGUCCAGCCACUUCCAGCAAUGGUUCCUGGGGACAUAUUUGUGGAAGCUCUACCCUUGGUCCCUCUGUUACCUGACACAGUUGGGACAGACAUGCCAGAGGAAGAGGGGACUGCAGGGCAGGAAGCAACCUCUGCUGGUCCCAUCCUGAGCCCUGAAGAAGAAGAUGACAUUCGGAAUGUGAUAGGAAGGUGCAAGGACACCCUCUCUACAAUCACAGGACCGACCACCCAGAACACAUAUGGACGGAAUGAAGGGGCCUGGAUGAAGGACCCCCUAGCCAAGGACGACCGCAUUUACGUAACCAACUAUUACUAUGGCAACACACUGGUUGAGUUCCGAAACCUGGAGAACUUCAAACAAGGUUUGUGAGUCAGCUCUGAUGUGGCAGUGUCUGCCCAGGCUCAUUGCCCUCUGCCGAUCAUGGCACAGCUGAGCUGCAUGAGAAGCAGGGCAUCCUCCAUGGAUUGCAAAAGGGCGUUCCCCGGAAGGGUGGUCACCUCUAUCACUCUCUCUCCCACUCUGUGCUCUCUUGGCUCUGUUCCAGGUCCGGGGAUACGGAUGAGCUUGAACCAGUCUAGAAAAACAGCCAAAUAUCCUUCUUUCCCAGUGGCCCUCAACAGUUUACAAAUCCCUGUCAGAUAGAUAGAUGAGUGUGGGGCCCUUGGAGCACUCAGAUUCCAAGUGAAGCAAGUGAGAUUGCUCCUGCUGUUCUACAGCCAAGGAUGCUAGGUGUGACCAGUAGGCAAUAUGGUGUAGAACACUAGAAAGUAAUAGAGCCAAGGCGCUAUGCCAGGUGUGCAGACCCUAGUCCGUAGCUGGUACCAUCUCAGGCUGUGCUGCCCUGAAGCUUCCUACCCUUUCGCCACCGCAGGUCGCUGGAGCAAUUCCUACAAGCUUCCAUACAGCUGGAUUGGCACGGGUCACGUGGUCUACAACGGCGCCUUCUACUAUAACCGGGCCUUCACCCGAAACAUCAUCAAGUAUGACCUGAAGCAGCGUUAUGUGGCUGCCUGGGCCAUGCUGCACGAUGUGGCCUAUGAGGAGGCCACUCCUUGGCGGUGGCAGGGUCACUCGGAUGUGGACUUUGCUGUGGAUGAGAAUGGCCUGUGGCUUAUCUACCCAGCUCUGGAUGAUGAAGGUUUCAACCAGGAGGUCAUUGUCCUGAGCAAGCUCAAUGCCGUGGACCUGAGCACGCAGAAGGAGACCACGUGGCGCACUGGGCUCCGGAGGAAUUUCUAUGGCAACUGCUUUGUCAUCUGUGGGGUACUAUAUGCUGUGGACAGCUAUAACCAGAGGAAUGCCAACAUCUCCUAUGCCUUUGACACACACACCAACACACAGAUUGUCCCUAGGCUGCUGUUUGAGAAUGAAUAUUCGUACACCACCCAGAUAGACUACAACCCCAAGGACCGCCUCCUCUAUGCCUGGGACAAUGGCCACCAGGUCACCUACCAUGUCAUCUUUGCCUACUGACACACUUGACCCUGCAAAAAGAAGCACAGUGGGGCCACUAGCACCUUGUGUGUGUCUGUGUGCGUGUCUGUCUGUGAGAUUGUGCAGGUGGGUGUGUGUUGUUUUAAAAUAUAUUAUUUUGUAUAAUAUUACAAGUGUAAAAUGACAGUUUGGGUCUAUAUUUUUUAUAUGGAUUGUAGAUCAAUCCAUAUGUGUAUGUGCUGGUCUCAUCCUUCACAAUUUAUAUUUUUGUGCAAAUGAACUUCUCCUUCUGACCAGUAACUACCUUCUUUCGUGCUCUGAACCUCUGACUCCUGAGGUCAAGGGCUGGAGGGUUUCUUCCUCCAGGUCUUGCAGCCAGGAGCAGGAGUGUGGGGCUCAGGAAAAAGUGCUAAGUGGCGGCAAAGUUUUUAUGUAUUAGAGAAGUUCUUAAAACUCAGAAAAAAAAUACUUUUUUUUAAUAAAGGAGAUAUUUUAAGAUCC